AUGACCGAGGUGUACCAAGACAUGACGCAGCCGCUGCCCCACUAUUUUAUAUCAUCUGGUCAUAACUCGUAUUUGACGGGCGACCAGCUGUUUGCGAGUGCCGGAACGGCAACUAUCGUGAAGAGCUUGCAGUCAGGUUGCCGCGUCAUUGAGCUGGAUGUGUACAACGGUCCCAUAUGCAAGCAUGGGGGCACCUUGACUUCACCAGUUAGCUUUAAGGAAUGCAUCGAAGCCAUCGGGCGCGCCGCUUUCGUAGCCUCCCCAUACCCAGUCAUCAUAACCAUGGAAAACCAUGCGAACAAAGAAAACCAGGCUGAGAUGGCAAGCAUCCUGCGCAGGACGCUGGGGGACCGCCUCUUCGUGCCGGAUCCCCACGACAGCCGGCGGGAGUACCUGUCCCCCGCUCAGCUUAUCAACAAAAUCCUCUGUCGCAGCUCGAUCAAGGACUCUGGUGACUACGACCCGGACUUCAAGGAGCUCAUUUACAUACGCAACACCAAGUGCUCUACGCUCGGCGACAUGAUCAAGCGGGAGCAAGUGGUGUCAUCGUCAUUUGAGGAGUCGGCGAUGCCCCAGGUAAUAUUAUUAUUGUUGUUGUUGUUGUUGUUGUUCCCAUCGCGGCGGUGCUGGUGUUGGGGAGGGUGUUUGGGAGUGCGGUGCCGCAAGGUAAGGCACCCAAGCCCUAUCGCGGUGCACCCUAUUGGGGGCCCACACGGCAUACUGCGAGUGGCCUCCGCCCUCAGACCCGCUCUCGGCUGCCUUUCGCUGGAUAGCACCCCCCCUGGGAAUGAUCAGCUCCCAGGUCCAAGGCUCUCCUGCUUUGGCCCCACUUACCGUUGGAACCAGCACCCCAGCUGCUGCUGCCCGUCCCCCGUGGGCCUUGAGAGGUGUUCCCUUUCCGACGAGCUGGGUCCCGAUGACUCCAUGAAGAAGGCGGAGCGACAGAAGGAGAAGCUCUGUUCAAAGGGAGGGGACUGGAAGAAACGCCUGGAGCCCCGCCCCCAACCCGACAAGCAGCAGCAAACUGCCGACGGAGCCGGCGACGACGGGCUGCUGGGUGAGGAUCCUGAGGACGCAGUGCUGCCUGGCGAGGAGGGCAUGGUGGCUGGUUCCCUCCAGGAGCUGUACACCUUCACUUCCAGGCACCUGGCGCGAGUCUACCCGGCGAUGUGGCGUGUCACGUCGGGUAAUUACAACCCUAUGCGCGCCUGGGUGCGCGGGGCCAGCUUGGCGGCCCUGAACUGGCAGGUGUGGGACAAGGCGCUGUGGUGUAAUGAGGCCAAGUUCAGUGACAACGGGCGGUGCGGCUACGUGCUGAAGCCCGAGUGGAUGCGGGCACCCGAGGGAAAGCUGCCCCAGCGGGAGCCGCGCACACUGGUGGUGCGAGUGCACAGCGCCCACAAGAACCAGGGCAAGAACUGUUGCAUGUUCAAGGACGACUUGUUCGUCAAGGUAUGGCCCUGGGGCUGGGCCUGGGGCUGGGGCUGGGUUCGCGCGCACCCUCCCGCCCGUUCCCUUCCUGGUCCGACUCCCCAAGAGCCAGCAGCCGCUCAGAUCAACAUAUGGGGUAUGCCCUGCGACUGCGCCACGCGCAAGACGCACACCGCCCACGACACGGGUCGUCUUGAAGUAAACAAGGACUUCCACUUCCCGGUGCGCUUUCCGGACAUGGCGGUGUUGUGCAUCACCCUCAAAGACGACGACUCGCCGGUGAUCGGGGGAAAAGUUCGCAAUGCCGUGGCCGACACUCUGGGCUACUUUGCCCUGCCCCUGGCCACGCUAAAGGAGGGCGACUACAAGCUGUCGCUCAAGGACCCGACCACGGGUGAGGUCCAGGACGCCGGGAAGACCUGGGUCAAGGUGCGGCUGCACUGGGGGGAGGGUGGGAGGGGGGAGGAGCCGGAGGGCCGGGAGAAGGGCAGGGCCAAGGCUGCGAAGCCGGCAGAGGCGGAGGCGGGAGCUGUGGCUGCCAACCCUGCGUAUGCUGGACCUGUUACGUGA